AAAGGAGCUGGUUAUCAUUUAGAUUUACUUGUUGUUGCUGUUACUAUAUUAAGUAAUUCAAUUCUUGGAAUUCCAUGGUUUGUUGCAGCCACUGUCUUAUCGAUUAAUCAUGUUUUAUCACUGAAAAAAGAAUCAGAAACAAAUGCUCCUGGUGAACGACCAGUUUAUUUAGGUUGUAG